GUGAAAAAAUAUUCGUAUGGCUUUAUCAAGCACGACUGGCGACUGAUAAGGUUCUGCUGCCCCGAAUAGGAAGCCCAGCCGAGGUCAUGUACCGCGCUUCUAUAAAUCUACGUCGGAGCCCAAUGCCGGUUCGAGUCGAUAGAUUCACCGCAUCAUUCCAUCAGUCGCAAGUGUUUUCGGUAGUUGUACGGAUCAUCGGUUGGGCGAUCUUUGGUGAUUGUUCAAAAUUCCAAAUCUUGCGCCGGUUGCCUAGUGUAAGAUUAAUCGUGAGAGGAUAGGAACGUGCAGGUUUUUUGUGGUUUGACGAAAUAGGCAGGUCAUCAUGUCGGACGAAUUUGAUUUUAUUCCAAUCGCUGUUGGCUUGAUAGCAACAAUCGCAGGAGCAUUCAUUUAUAAUUAUUUGAAAAAGAAAUCAGGCAGAUCAAUAGCACCAUCAGCAAAAAGCACAAAACUCAAGACCCUAAUCGAUCCCAAUGACAAAUACUUGCUGCCCUUAAUUGAACGCGAGGAGAUCAGUCAUGACACAAGAAGGUUUCGUUUCGGUUUGCCAUCAAACAAGCAUGUUCUUGGUUUGCCAGUUGGUCAACACAUUCACUUAAUCGCUACCAUCAAAGAUGAGCUCGUUAUUCGUUCCUACACACCAGUUUCGAGUGAUGACAAUCUCGGCUAUGUGGAUCUUGUGAUUAAAGUUUAUUUCAAAAAUACACACCCGAAAUUCCCAGAUGGUGGUAAGAUGUCACAGUAUUUGGAGUCGAUGAAAAUCGGUGAUACAAUAGCAUUCCGUGGACCAUCGGGUCGUCUUCAGUAUUUGAGCAAUGGCAAGUUCUCGAUUAAGAAACUACGAAAGGAUCCUCCUAAAUUGGUACAAGUUAAGAAAGUGAACAUGAUUGCUGGUGGUACUGGUAUUACGCCAAUGUUGCAGUUAGUACGUGAGAUUUUGAAACAUAGCGACACAGAUAGAACUGAAUUGUCAUUGAUUUUUGCUAAUCAGACUGAAAAGGAUAUUCUACUUCGCGAUGAACUCGAUAGUUUAGCUAAAGCACAUCCACAGCAAUUCAAAGUCUGGUAUACUUUGGAUAAGGCGCCUGAAGGCUGGAAAUAUAGCACUGGUUUUGUUAACGACGAAAUGUUCAAACAGCAUCUGUUCCCACCAGCUGAUACCACUCUAGUAUUAAUGUGUGGACCACCUCCAAUGGUCAACUUUGCUUGUCAUCCAGCACUUGAGAAACUCGGAUACCACCAGGAUUUGCGUUUUGCUUAUUAGAUAGUGAGAUAGCAACAAAAGAAAAUUACCAAACGCGUUACAGUUGUAUCAAGUUCCAUUCGCUAGUUAGUGUAAACAUAUCCAGGGUAACAUUCACAAAACCGUCAAGACAUUUUUCUCUUUUAUUAUUAAUUUAGUUUCCACUACAAAUUCCUCGACAAUCUUCAUUUGUUCGUUGUGCGAUUGUUCCGAAAUCAGAUGUUGGUUUAUAGAUUAGUCACGUUGUAUAUCCCUGCAAUGUAUCCUUUUUUGCGAUAUCUGUUUCGUGUGGGUAUUUUAGGAAUCUAAAGAUUUAAGGUUAGGAGGGCAUUUAGUUCUAAUUCAACCAGUGUCUCGCUUUACACAUUCGGUAAUGUCCGUUUCUCACCCUUUACAUAUAUACCAUAAAUUGAGAUGAAAUUUUACAUUAAAAAUUAGAAUUCGUAUAUCAUUAAAAAAGGCUGGAUGUAGAGGUGCAAACAAGAACUAUAAGAGAAACAGAAGCUCAUUAAAUCUCAAGGGAUUUUUCUUGUAUUUUAGAAAGAACUAUAAUUUUUUAUUCCAUACUAAUAAAUCACUUUCGAGGAUUGUUCCUUCUUUUCUUUUACGUACAUUUCUCUCCUCAAAGAGGAAUAUGCCAGUAACUUAUUGCAUUAAAUUAAGUGCCGUGGACUAGUAAAACUAAAUGAUAUUAUAUUUUUUAGUACUAACAAGAAGGGAAAUAAUUUAUUAAAAAAAUGUCGCUUGAAUUGAUUUCAAUAAAGAAGCGAAUACAUAUUAGAAUUAUAUUGGUAUUGCCAAUUUCAUUUUUGUACUCUGAAAUGUGCUAAGAUAUUUUUUUAAUAAAAUUAUAGAGCAAAAUUGUUGAUGUACGCGAAAAAAUUGAAUGAAAUAAAUAAGUUAUAGAAAGGAA